CUGCACACAUCUUGGAUCGUCGACGGUAACUAUAUAUAUCAGAAUUUUUCAUGCACUGAAGAUUAUUUCAACAAGAUGAAGACAACAGCGCUUUGUGUUUUUGCACUGUUCCUGUCUUCGAUGUUAGUUGAGGGCAGCAUUACUAAUCCUCCCUGCAGGGCGCCUGGAAAUUGUAAUGGAAAGAAAGAAGGGACUCUGAAAAAGUUAAGAGAUAAAGAAAAGGCUGGAAAUUUAGAAAUGAUGAAGGUGAAAAUCCGUAGACGCUUGGAGGAAGCAAAACGUGAGCAACAGUACCGGAGAGAAAUUUGCUUACAGGCCCGCGAGCUGAGAUGUGGAAUGGAACAAAAGAAAUAGGUUCACUGCAGUGAAGACUACACAGCUAACUUGAAGUUAAAGCAUAAUUUCAUUCCUAAAUAACGAAAUUGAGAUGCAGAUGUUUUAGCCGCUAUCAUCAAUAUUAUGUUCUGUGAAAAUCUAUAAAUUGUUUGAAUUCAAUAAAGGCUGUGGUCCAUAUGGUGAA